AAAUACAAAUUGCAACGCGCGAAGUCGCCCAUAAAUCAGCGGUCCGAAUCCCGUAUAACAAGCUGUUCUGAAUCCUAGAACAAUUCUCGCGAAUUGAAAAAUCUAAUCGCUUCUCGGAUUUCGACAGCUGCGCGAAUUAUAGAGAGCUUGCGGCCGCGAAUCUGGCAUCCGAUGGCACACACACACACACACACACACUAAUACCUUAUCUCCUCCGCUCCACUCUGUCAAUAUUAUGUACAUAUACUAGAGCUUCCCUCCCCAUUGUCGCGUCUCGCCUACACAGUAUAAGUACAUUAUAAUGACGAUCAUCAGUCUUCUUUUCGUCGCGUCUACAUUGCGUAUAUGCGCAAUUGAUAAGAGAGCCGCGGUGCAAGUAUAGUCGGAACGAGAUAGGCCGAUAGACAGAUGUAGCGAGAGAUAUAGAGUCGUGCGUGUGCGUAUGUGGAGGAGUGGGAAGAAGAAGAAGAAGAAGUAGAGGAGACGACGACGCCAGGUCGGGAGGCUAAGGUCGUCACGGGAGCGAGUGAGUCUCUUGGACGACGGGGGACCGGAACGAUGAGGAGAUGUGUCGAAGGUGGAACAUUAUGACUUCAAAGGACUCGAAAGCUCAUGCCGGUCCUGCGCCCAAGCGGCGCAGGAUAAAGGUCAGCAAGUACGCGCCGAUCUUCAAAUGGCUGCCGAAGUACAACAAGUACAGGGCGGUAUCGGACGCCAUCGCCGGCAUCACCAUCGGGCUGACGAUGAUACCCCAGAGCAUCGCCUACGCCACCCUCGCUGGACUCUCCGCACAGUACGGUCUGUACUCGUCGUUCCUGGGCGGCUUCCUGUACGCGAUCUUCGGUGGCAUCAGGGAGAUCUCGAUCGGUCCGACCUCUCUCAUGGCCAUACUCACCCUCGAGUUCACCAAAGGCACGAACCCCGAAUUCGCCAUUCUCCUGGCCUUCCUCGCCGGCUGUAUCGAGCUCGUCAUGGGCAUGCUGGAUCUGGGAUUCCUCGUGGACUUCAUAUCACUGCCGGUGACGUCGGGUUUCACAUCCGCCACCUCCGUCAUCAUCAUCGUGUCGCAACUCAAAGGACUCUUCGGGCUGAAGAUCCAGGCGUCUAGUCUGCUGGGCCAGAUGUACAAGAUCGGCGAGAAUCUGGAGAACGCGAAGAUGGGGGACACUAUCAUGGGCCUGACGUGCAUCGUUGUGUUACUCUGCCUCAGAAAGCUGAAGGACGUGAAGAUCGCGGACACGAGCCUCCGCUGCGUCAUUAUCUCCAAGACGCUCUGGUUCUUGUCGGUCGGCCGCAAUGCCCUCGUGGUCUUGACGUGCUCCGUAAUUAGCUUCUAUCUGCACCAAGGCGGACAGACGCCGUUCGCACUCUCAGGCCAAGUGCGAUCGGGGUUGCCGGGCGUCGCCUUCCCGAGUUUCUCAACGUCCGUCAACAAUCAGACCUACAGCUUCGGCGAGAUGUGCUCGCACCUGGGCUCCGGGAUCAUCAUCGUACCUCUCGUUUCGGUACUCGCCAACAUUGCCAUCGCCAAAGUCUUCGCCAGUGGCUCCGUGAACGCCUCACAAGAGAUGCGCACCCUGGGCAUCUGCAACAUCUUGGGCAGCUGUGUAAGCUCGAUGCCGACUUGCGGAGCUUUCACUCGCAGCGCCGUCAGUCACGCCAGUGGGAUCCAGACUCCCUUCGCUGGCAUCUACUCAGGUAUAAUGACGAUACUGGCGCUGAGCUUCCUGACACCGUACUUCUUCUACAUCCCGAAGGCGGUCCUCUCGGCUGUGCUCAUCAGCGCCGUCAUCUUCCUCAUGGACUUUCGGAUAGUCCAGCAGCUUUGGCGCGGCAGCAAGAGAGACGCCGUGGCGACGAUAGGCACCUUCAUCGUCUGCAUAGUCUUCAACGUGGAGGCAGGUCUGCUUCUAGGUAUCGUCUCGAACAUCGUCUACUUGCUUUAUCUGUCGGCCAGACCCUCGAUCGUAGACACCGAGUGCACGGCGAAUAUGGAGCAUAAAUAUUUACUCAUCCGGCCAGACGUCGGCCUCUUCUUUCCGGCUGUGGAUUUCUUAGCUAAUAAAAUAACGGAUAUAGCGGACGACCGAGCGGGGCCGAGUAUUCCCGUCGUCCUCGACUGUCAGAGGUUCCGCGGUAUCGACUACACGGCUGUGAAGGGCUUGGAGAAGCUAAUCAAAGACUUCAAAGAAAAAGAUCUGACUCUGUGGUUUAUCAACCUCAACCCGAAGGUCGUCAAGUCUAUCAGGACUCUCGGAGACUUAGAUAAAUUCAAGAUACUUAAAAACGAGGCCGAGGUUGUCGCACUGCUAUGUGGACUCGACAAAGAAAACAGCGUGAACGUGCAGAUCGUCAGCGAAAACGCAAGGGACAUUCCGAUGAAGAUACUGCCCUCGAUGCCGGAGGUUGAAUCUCUUCUCGCCAAGGGAAGCAACGGGGAGCCGCGUUAGCAAUUGACAUUCCUGAUUUGAGUAUUAAACUAUUAUUAUUGUAAUACAUCUGAACUACCGUACGCUUAGGUGUUAAAUGAAUCGUACGCUGUGGUGAGUCGAAGUUACACAAUCGUACGUGUUUAUUGGAGUUUAUACAAUACAGUCUACAAAAAGUUAUACAAAACCAAGCGGCUUUCUCAUUGUACAAAUCAUGUAUAUAAUUUCGUGCUUUUAUGUCUAAUGUAAGCGCUAAGCAAAUUAUCCAACACUGUGUAUAUAUACGUAUAAUAUCCAUUUCUUUCGUCUGUGUAGAAGCAUAUAAAGACAGCUAUUAUUGACUAAACGUAAAGUUAGAUAUAAAAUAUGAUAUGUAUCUUUGUUGUGCAAGUUUAAGAUUGUUCUGGCCUCAUAAAAAAAUAUUUGAAUCGAUUUCAGAUUGAAAGCUCGAUUUACCCAUUACUUUUUUUCCUAAACUAGUUUUGGAGUUUUAACAUCUACUUCUUUGAUUAGAGUUGUUUCUUAGUUUAUCAAAUAAUAGCUGACUUGGAAUUCGUUUAGCGAUUUUUUCGCGUGCCAAAGCUAAUUUAAUAACUUAGAAAUAGAGUACAACAAUCAUAACAGGUACGCAAAUUCUCCGCUAUAAAAAGCAGUAAUUCAUACAUUGCAGUAAAAGUAAUCGUGCACAACCUUUUGCACUCAUACCUACGAUAUUUCGAAUUUUCUGAUGUAAAUAUCAAAAUCAACGUGAUAUUGUACAAAAUUUGUCUCAAGUAUGCGCCUAAUCAAUUAUAUACUACAGUUUUAAUUUGUUUCCUAAUUGGCGUUGGUGCAUAUACAAUUAAUAUCCUACUUUAAUAAAUUAACAAAAUUCGCAUUGCGCUAUCACA